UGACCCUUUUUCUUCUCUCUGCUUCCCUCCCUCUUUCUCUCUGAAAAGCUUUGCAAGCGUUGAAGUUUAAAGCAAAAACAAAAAAAAUAAAGAAUUCUAACUUCAAGAACUUUGGUGCUGUUUCUUGGCUUGUUUAAGAUUCUGUAAAAUAAUGUGCAGUGGUUCCAAGAAGAGGCCUUCUCAAACCGGUUCAAUUAUGGGGGAUGAAGGGUUGCAUCAUAAGAUUUCUGCUUUGCUCGAAUUUUCAGCAGCAGAUGAUGUAAUGGCUUUCAAAGAUGCUGUUGAGAAAGAGGGUCUUGAUGUUGAUGAGGUGGGGUUGUGGUAUGGAAGGAGGGUUGGCUCAAAGGAAUUGGGUUUUGAAGAGAGGACCCCUCUUAUGAUUGCUGCUAUGUUUGGAAGCAAAAGGGUGUUGUCUUAUAUUCUUGGGACGGGAUGCGUUGAUGUUAAUCGGGCCUGUGGAUCAGAUGGGGCUACUGCCCUUCAUUGUGCUGUUGAUGGAGGUUCUGCUGCCUCCCUUGAAGUCAUCAAGCUUUUGCUCGCUGCGUCGGCUGAUGUUAGUUCUGUUGAUGCCAAUGGAAACAGUUGCUGUGACUUGGUUGUCUCUGUGACCAACGGUGUUUUCAAUUCGAGAAAGAGGAUAUUACAAGCCAUACUAGAAGGAGCAAUUAGUAUUGAUGAGGCUUGCCUUAAAUUUGAGGAAGCAGACCAAAUGGAGAAGGAGCAUCAGCAAGAUGUAGAAGCAUUUCAGAUUCCAAAAAAUGGGAAUGGGAAGAAAGAUUAUCCUGUUGAUCUCUCUCUCCCAGACAUCAAAAAUGGAAUCUAUAGCACAGAUGAGUUUAGGAUGUACACAUUCAAAGUGAGGCCUUGUUCAAGAGCUUAUUCUCAUGAUUGGACUGAGUGUCCCUUUGUUCAUCCUGGAGAAAAUGCAAGGCGCCGCGAUCCUAUGAAAUACCAAUACAGCUGUGUCCCUUGCCCCGAGUUUCGGAAGGGGUCCUGCAGCAAGGGGGAUGACUGUGAAUACGCGCAUGGUAUCUUCGAGUGCUGGCUCCACCCUGCGCAAUACAGGACACGCCUUUGCAAUGAGACAGGAUGCACCAGAAGAGUUUGCUUCUUUGCUCAUAAGCUGGAGGAGCUUCGGCCGGUGUAUGCUUCCACCGGUUCUGCUUUGCCUUCUCCCAGAUCAUAUUCUGCUAGUGCUCCUUCAUUGGACCCAUUCACACUGGGCUCUCCAUCUGCCUUAACCCCGCCAAUGACUCCGUCUGGAGGAUCUCCUCCUGUGGGUGGAACCAUGUGGCACACUCAGUCUCAGGUUCCAGUCCCUACCCUUCCGCUCUCCCAAAGCAGAUUGAAAACUGCACAAAAUGCUAGAGAUGUUGAACUAGACUUUGAAUUGCUUGGACUUGAAGAUCAUGGAUUCAUUAUGCAUCCUAACUGGGAAAAUUCCAUGCCUAAUAGUCCAUCUUUCCGCCAUCAUAAUGGGGAGUUAAAUAGGCUUGUAGGAGUGAAGCCUUUCAACCUUGAAGACAUUUUCGGGUCUCAGAUGCAAUCUCCAACCGGAACUCAAGUGCAUCAGAAUGCGAACCAGCAAUUGCGGGGCUAUCCUUCAAGUGUGAUUGGAUCGCCUUCAUUCAGGGUUGAUCAAUCUGGAACAGCUGCCACAAUGACUUCGAAUCCAAGAAAUGGUGCUUUAUCAAGCCAAAAUUUUAUGGAGCAUAAUAUGGUGAACUGUGAUUCUGAGUUUCCUUCUCGUGAUACUCGUAUCGCAGUUGAGUCUUCUUCCUUCUUUGGUUGGAAUUCUACUGAUGGCAGCAAGUUAGAUUGGACCAUGCGCGGAGAUGAACUAAAGAAGCCAAACAAAUCUUCUUCUUUUGGAUUUUGAAGAAGUAUGCUACAAGUGUUGAUGAGUCAAAUGUGUUUGGUGAGUAUAGUGUUGAAGAGCAGCAGCAAUGCCAUCUUAAUUCUUAACAAUGGAACACAUUUGAUGCAGUUAGGUGGGAGCAAUUGUACUUGGGGAUGGUUUGCAUGAAUGCAAUGUCAACAAUGGCACUGGAUCCUCCAUGCAACUCUAGACUUGUUUAUUUAUUUAAUUAUUAUCAUUAUUUUUUAAUUUGAUAAAUAUUCAUUAUAUUUAUGUGACAAUUGGUAACAACAGAUUAUUAGAAGUUGGGCAGAAUGCAAGUUUUCUGCUUAACUAUUUAUUACUAUUACUAGGGUAUUUGAUUCCAUUUUCUUUUCUUUAGUUUAUUUAUCAUGUUAUUUGUCAUACUCUAUUGAGUUGUAACAUUCCAGCAACCAAGAGUUGAACAAAUGCAAUGAGAAUUUAAUUUUCAAUUCG